AUGGACAAGACGAGUCCCAAGUUGCAAGUCGGCAACCUUAGAAGGUCGGAGAGCUUAGCCUCAAAUACACCACCAAAAGGGAAACCAGCGUCAGCACCAGGAUCAGGACGAAAGGGAAAGAAAGUGCUUGGGCCAAGGCAUUUCAAUACUGAUUCCAAGAAACAAGGAACUAAGAUUGGAGAGGGGAAUAGCGCGAGAGGUUCCCCGUCAUCAGUUUCCAGUUCUCGUCAUUCGCACUCGUCAAAGAAGUCCGGACGGUCUGUCUCCAAAGCAAGCGUAGGCAAGAGUUCUCCGAAUAAAUCUCCACCGCCAAAGUCGGAGUCUGCCAAGCGGGGAUCUACGAAAAAGGACGAAACUUCCCUUGCAGCCACGGAUGGUGAGGCUGAUGCUGGCGUGCCGAAGACGCCUCCCUCCAAGAAGGCAGAAACGAAGCAAUCAGAGAAGAAGGGCGAUAAAGGAUCCAAAAUCUCCCCAGGCUCUGGUCGUGGAAGUAGCCCAAAAUCCUCAAAGUCCAACGGCAGCCCAAAGAAAUCUCCACCUAAAUCUUCGCCUCCUCGUAGAUCAGCAAGCCCGAAUUUGGUGAAGAAGGAUGGCAAGCUCGUCAGCAAUGGCAGGCAAGUCAUCCCAGACAGAGUCCUGGACGGCAGGGUUGCGAAGAAAUUUCCGCACCUUACCGAACCGUACGACAAAGGCCUUUGGAAUAAGCUCAACUUCUGCUACAGAAAUGCUGCAGUACAAGCGCUAUUGCAUAGUCCAGUCUUCUACCGCUACAUGGGCAAGACACACAAAAACUGCGGGCUUCCCGCCGAGCUAUGCGUCGUGUGUGCCUUACAAGACCUCAUGCAGACGUACUGGAAUGGUCCUGCAUCUCACACGCCGCCAAGAGGCCAAAAGCCUGCCGUGAGACUGCUCAAUCAAGCCUGCAAGAACAACUUGCCUACGAUAAAUGUCGCCACUUUCGAGCUGGAGGAAGACUUCCGCGAAGAACUGCAGAGCGAUAGUUUUGAAUUUCUUCAAUACCUGCUCUCCCACGUCGAGGACAACGCACUUCCAUCUGAUGACCAGAGCUUCACCUCUGUGUUCGAUAUUCGAUGGGAUCACCAUUGGCAUUGCGACGAGUGCGGUGCCGAUCAUGGAAGGAAAGUAGGUCCGGAGGACACAGGGACAAGAUUCGGUCUACAAAUUGGCAUCGAUGAGCCUCGUGGCCUCACGUUGGUGGAAUACCUCCGACGGUAUUUCGCGGACGAUGCCAUCAGCGUUCACUGCGAGGAGCCUGGCCCCUGCACCAAGAAGUAUCCCAAAGCAGUGCGAAUGAAACAGGAUGGACCACCAAGAAUCGUACGCAAGCACAUCACGGCGGCUCCGGAGAUCCUUUUCCUCCGUCUGGGUCGUUUCAUAACCGCUUACACGAGACCAUUUGAACGCAAGAUCAGGACUGUCGUUCCGUACGACGAAUAUCUCAACCUGGGAGAGUUCACGGAGAGUGGAGACGAUCUCAUGUACAGACUUGAUGGAGUCGUGGCCCAUGGUGGAGCGGGUUUGAGACGAGGCCACUGGAUUGCGGUUUGUAGGGACAGCGAAGGCCGGAGGUUCGCAACUCUGAAUGAUGAUGUUGCUGUUGGGCCCUCGCGUGGAAGUUUCGAGGAGAUGAGAACCCCGACCUCCGGAGGCUUUAAGGGCGAUCCCUAUGUGCUCGUGUAUACCAGGAUGUAA